GAUCUGGUGAGUGUCCUACCACUGCGCGUCUUCUGCACGCUAAAUGUACGUAUCGGCCACAUGCACCGUAUAAUCUGUUCCUCGGUAUGAAGACGCUUUCGCCUGUUUUGAUCUGUGGUGUGGAUUGACCAUUUCUUGCCGAAGCUACGGACUCUAAGGUGAUGCGCGACUGGCUGUCUCCCGUCAGCGGCGUCUCGCAGACCGGAGGCAGGCGACUUCACCUCGAUCAGUUCGUGGAGUCCUGUAUUUAAACAGUGAUACUUCAUCACAUACGAAAGAAUUCAACAUCGAGUCGCUGUUAUUGCGGAAAUCAACUUUGAGCAAUUACGGCAUUGACAAUACAUUUCAUCACAUUCUGACGGCUGUGAAAAACAAAGCCAGAAAGAAGCAGCGGAAGCAAGGCCAUGCGGUAUAUCACCUUCGCUUCCCGCGGGGACUAGGUGAUACUCCGCCAGCGUCCUUGUCGCACUCUUCAACAACUCUGCUAUGGCCGUCGUAUAUAAGUUGGCUGGCGCUGAUGGCGAUCUUAUCAAGUCUUCGGACACCUGGGCUCUCCAUACGAACUCCUGCGCUGGCUGCAUCGCUCUUCGUCUUCGAACAUGGACUUUCCACACACUGAUAUCGACUUUGGCUUCCCCAACGAGCCCACUCUGUCAGCUGAGGAAUGGGAUGACUUCUGGAAGGAUGCAAUACCCACUAAUGGAAGGGAGGACCUGGUCCCGACUGCUAUGGAUGGACCUAGUUAUCCACCACCUCCGGUCAUCGUGACCCCAUCGGAAUCUCCUGUCGCACAAGGAGCCAUACAAUUCCGCAACCCUCAAACACCACAAAUCGUCAUCCCAUUCAAUACCUGUGCUUCGACGCCUUUCACACCCUCGCACUCCAUUUCACCAGACGACCUCACCCACUCUCAUUCUAUCCGGUCGUCGAUCUCCGCCCUUCCAGAAACUCCAUCCCCUGUGUCGCCGAAUGAUGGUCGCGGGCCGAUCAUCACUGGGCUUGACAGCCCGUUCCGGGAGUCGAGGUUGAAAGGGAAUGGGAAAGGCCCGGAGCUGCAGAUUGCCCGAAGCUUGACGGCUAGUCGCCGUUUGAGCAACGUCCUUGGACGAAGCAGAUCAGAUAGCAACAUCCUUGCUCCCUCGACGCAUCCUUCCAGCACAGUUCAGCAAUGGCUGCAAGAGAGCAGCCCAGUGGGACAACCGACGAACGGGCUUGGGAUCAGUUUCCCGGAGACAGUCACUCCGAGACAGUUUGAGUUUUUUCAAACCGGAUAUCAAGCCUUUGCAGGCCCAUCACGCAAACGACGCCACCCAGAUUCGGAGGCGCAUAGCCCGCUAGACCUCACGUCCCCAAAAGGCAACACAAGCCCAGCGGCGGAGGCGGCGAUCCGAGCGCUGCACCAGCUUUCCGUUGGUUUCCUGCCCGUGCCUUCAGGUUCAGCCCCGUUCGGGUACCCGCCUUUGAGCUUUGCCCAGCCGCAGCUUGCGGGUGCUGGGCCCGCGUUCGAGUAUGAUCCCGAGUUCGAGGAGCGUCCGAGGAAGAAGCGCCGAACAGCACGCAAGCCCACCUCGUUCCGCAAGCCUAAGCAGGACGAGAGCAUCAUCUACCAUCCAGAUGGGAGCAUGGACGUCACCGGCUGGUUCCUCUGCCCUUACCGGUGGCCUAACGACCCGAGCUAUACGUGCCGCCACCUAGCUAAGGACGCGAACGACGCCUUACGCCACUGCUUGGCAGUGCAUUUGCCGCAGGAGGAAGCGCUCCUCCGUCAAUGGGACGCGCGGGGAGUGGCGAGCGACGAAAGGCACGUUCUCCCGCUCCUUGAGGCUGGAGGGGAGUACUUCUCCCUCUAUUGCACGUAUGAAGGAUGCAAAGAUCGGAUAUUUCAUGGAUCUAGGGCUUGGGAGAGCUUUUGCACGCAUAGGGACUCUCAUGGGCCUUCUGGGCAUGGGCUGGUGCCUAGGCUCCAGAGAGCGUCAGACGAGGAAGUCCUAACGCACACGUUUAACCAGCCGGAUAAAUGGCUUCCAUUCCCUUCUUCUGCUAUAGGGGCAGGGACAGAAGCAGGGAUGUGGCCUAGGAGAGUGGACGCAAGAGCGAGGAACGUCGCUGAGAAGAGGUGGAAACGGACGGUUGCGCUCCAGGUUACGAAGGUGUAUGAUUCGUGGCAAGGGGGGUUUGAGGUCACGAGGAGACAUGCGGGUGCGGAGCAGAAGUUGAGGAUGGUUGUUCGGAGGGAGGUGAUGUAG